GUCCCACUGGUCAUUUGUUUAAACAAGUUAUGGUGUUACAAAUUUUGAAAGCAGUCAAAAUGACUACCACAUGAGUUCUAGUCUUAAAGUUUACAUUUUAAUUGAAAAUUGAUGAUGCUAUGGUAUUUUUUUUUAUUCCACAAAUUUAUUUUAAACCUACAGCAAAACUUCUCAUUUAGUUUAAUUGGGUUUUUUUCUGUUUUCAAAAAACAAAUUAUGGUGUUGCAAAUACUGAAAAAUUACUGAAAGUGGUGUUCUAGCGCUAAAAGUAUUAAUUUGCAUUGCAAAUUGAUGAUGAAACAUUUUAAAAAUACCAUGAGUUUAUUUUAAAGUUGCAGCAAAACAUUAAACAUUCACUUCUGAAAGGACGUUUUGUUUAAACUGAAUCUAUCUGGGAAUUCUUAAUUGGGAGUUAAUCAAGUUUUAGGGAGCCUUUUUUUUUUUUUUUUUUUUUUUGUGAAGGAUGUUAAAUUUCCAGCAUCCCUGACCUCAUUAUUUCAUUCCUGUUUUUUGAAGGUUCAAAUUUCCAUCAUCAUUUGCAUUGAGUUGUUCCAUGUUCCAGUGAAACCAGUGACUGUCUUUUAUUUACCACUCCCCUCAGUGAUACAGAAGUCCAGGAGACCCAGGGAAAGCAGAUCUCAAAAGACCACGGUUGUGGAUCUGUAGUAGAAGUGUUUAUGCGAUGGCAGCAAGAACCGAAACGGAGUGGAACACUGCUCUCCUCGACUGCUUUGAGGAUGCCAGCACCUGUUGUUAUGGUUUCUGGUGUGGUCCUUGCCUUGCCUGUACAGUUUCAGGAAGAUUUGGAGAGUGUUAUUGCCUCCCUCUCUGUGAUGUACUGUGUACAGGAGCACAACUUUUUGGGCCGCCCGUAUGCGUUCCACCUGUUGCCGCCUCCAUGAGGGCUGCCAUGCGGAACCGAUAUGGCAUUGAGGGCUCCAUCGCUGACGACAUUCUUGCAGCUUGUUGCUGUACGUGGUGCGCCUGGUGUCAGAUGCAUCGGGAAUUAAAACACCGGAGGAAAACGCCAGUCGUCAUCAACAUGCAGCAGCAGAAUGUUAUCAACAUGCAGCCUGCAGCCAUGAUGAUGCCCACAGUUCCGAUGAUGCCCGCAGUUCAGAUGGCGCCCGCAGUUCAGAUGGCGCCCACGUAUAUGGGACAACCGCAGACUAUUAUGAUCUCCAACUAACAUUUAAAGUUUAAA